AUGGCCGCUGCCUCCCCUCUCGCAUUCUGGGCUAUGGAGAGGGUCAGCCCUUCCCAUGUGGGCCGAGGAGGCUUUGCUCCUGUGAUGCGACUGGCGACAGCAAUCGGUUUGAUUGGAGGUCUGCACAUACUUUACCAGAGAUCUUGCAACCGAUUCUACGGAUUCACGGAAAAUGCCAGAGAGGUCGAAAUGGACAUGAGGGAAAUGGUCGACAAAGUCAAAAAGGGCGAGCCGCUAUACGGUACAUCACAAGUAUCCUCUUACCUACAAGGCGUUGCUGCCAGAAAUUCGCGGUACUCUCAGCUUUUUAUCCAUGUCCUUCCUUGGUUUAACAUUGUCAAUCACGACCAGCAUGGUGUUGACACAGCAAAAUAUUAUCAGCAAGCUGAGCGUGAACUCGAAGCCGAGCGCUUGACGACAGCCGGUUCUCACUGA